GUGAGAGGUAGAGUGGAAAACGUAUCUCAGACACCCAAAGAGAGAGAACGAGAGAGAGAGGGAGACAAGAGAAGCAGUCAUGGCUCCUUGGAUGAGGACCACCACGGAGCGGUAUGGCGUAGUAAUGUGGAAUUUCAUUGGCCUUGGAGUGAAGCAGCUGUCUCUGGAGAUUGGGGACACGGUCCACAUCCAGGAGACCUGCGAUGGCUGGUAUAAAGGCUACCUGGUCAGGAACAAGGAUCGACAGGGAGUGUUCCCAGCCAGCAUAGUGCAGCUGAGGAAGGUCAUCAUUGAAAAGCGAGGGGACCAGGAGGUGGUAUUGUCAGCAGAGAUGCCCCUAGUGAAGGAGGUGACCACCACUCUGAGGGAGUGGGGUAGCAUCUGGAAACAGCUCUACGUGGCCAAUAAGAAGAGCCGUGUGGUGCAGGUCCAAGGGCUGAUGUGGGAUUUGAUGGAAUGGCGUUCCCAGCUCCUGUCUGGCACGUUGCCUAGCGAUGAGUUCAAGGAGCUCAAACAGAAAGUCACUUCCAAGAUCGACUAUGGCAACAAGAUCUUGGAGUUGGACCUGGUGGUGCGGGAUGUGAAUGGGAAUAUGCUGGACCCGGAGAACGCCAGCGUGAUUAGCCUGUUCCGAGCCCACCAAGACGCCACCACCAAGAUCAAUGAACGCAUCAAAGAGGAACAGUCCAACAUUCAGACGGACCACUCAGUAAUCUCGGCCCGGAUCCAGUCCUCUCCCACUCACAGCCUCUAUGUCUUUGUCCGGAACUUUGUCUGCCGGAUCGGAGAAGAUUCUGAACUCUUCAUGUCCCUCUACGACCCCAACAAGCAGACCAUCAUCAGCGAGAACUACUUGAUUCGCUGGGGCAGUAAAGGCUUUCCUAAGGAGAUCGAAAUGCUGAACAACCUGAAGGUGGUCUUUACAGACUUGGGUAAUAAGGACUUGAACAGAGAGAAGAUCUACCUGAUCUGUCAGAUAGUGAGAGUGGGUCGUAUGGAAUUGAAGGAGACUAACACCAAGAAGUGUACCCAGGGCCUCCGCAGGCCCUUUGGAGUGGCAGUUAUGGACAUCAGUGACAUCAUCAAAGGAAAGAUAGAGUGUGAUGAGGAGAAGCAGUUUUUCAUCCCCUUUGUUCCGGUCGUGGCGGAGAGUGACUUCCUCCACCCCCUGCUGAACAAGGUGACAGCGUCACGAGGAGACAGUGGAGGACAAGGUCUCUGGGUGACGAUGAAGGCCCUGGUGGGUGACAUCGUCCAGAUCCGUAAGGAGUACCCCCACCUGGUGGACCGCGGCACGGUGGUGGCCCGUAAACUGGGUUUCCCAGAGAUCAUCAUGCCGGGGGACAUCCGCAACGACAUCUACCUGACGCUGUGGGCCGGGGACUUUGACAAGUACAACAAGACCAGCCAGAAGAACAUGGAGGUUAUCAUGAUGGUGUGUGACGAGGAGGGCAAGAUUGUGUCGAACUCUAUCUGUCUGGGAGCCGGGGAUCGACCGCUUAACGAAUACAGAUCUGUCAUCUACUACCAGGUCAAACAACCACGCUGGAUGGAGACAUUCAAGGUGGCCAUCCCUCUGGAGGAGAUGCACAAGAUCCACCUGCGCUUCAUGUUCAGACACCGCUCCUCUCAGGAGUCUAAGGAUAAGAGUGAGAAGAACUUUGCCAUGGCGUUUGUUCGUCUGAUGAAGGAAGAUGGAACCGUGCUGCAGGACGGCCUUCAUGACCUGGUGGUCUUCAAGGGGGACAGCAAACGUAUGGAGGAUGUGAACUCGUACCUGUCCCUACCCUCUACGCGGUAUGUGGACGUUCACAAGGGGGGGACACUGAGCCGCAGCAGCAGCAGUGUAGGAGGCUUGUCUGUCAGCUCCAGAGACAGCUUCACCAUCUCAACCCUCGUCUGCUCCACCAAGCUCACUCAAAACGUGGGCUUGCUGGGUCUACUGAAAUGGAGGACUCGUCCUGAGCUCCUCAAAGAAAACCUGGAGAAACUCAAGAUCAUCGAUGGAGAGGAAGUGGUCAAGUUUCUCCAGGACACUCUGGAUGCUCUGUUCACCAUCAUGAUGGAACACUCCCAGACUGACGAUUACGACAUCCUAGUGUUCGACGCCCUGAUCUACAUCAUUGGUCUGAUAGCAGACAGGAAGUUCCAGCAUUUUAACACGGUGUUGGAGGCCUACAUCAAACAACACUUCAGCGCCACACUGGCCUACAAGAAGUUGAUGUCUGUGUUGAAGAGGUAUCUGGAUGUGUCCAGUCGAGGGGAGCAGUGUGAGAACUACCUACGCACACUCAAAGCCCUGGAGUACAUCUUCAAGUUCAUCGUCCGCUCACGAAUGCUUUACUCUCAGUUGUAUGAAGGGAAAGAACAGGAGGAGUUUGAAGAGUCUCUACGGAGACUCUUUGAGUCCAUCAACAACCUGAUGACGAGUGACCAAAACACAACAGUCUUACUGCAGGUGGCUGCUCUUAAGUACCUACCAACAGUCUUGCAGGAUGUGGAGACAGUGUUUGAUGCCAAACUCCUGAGUCGGUUGCUGUAUGACUUCUACACCUGUAUCCCUCCUGACAAGCUGCAGAAACACAAGGUGGCCUCCAUGACAGAGAUUGUCAGCAGCAAACUCUUCCAGAAGCAGGAGUGCCGUGACAUUCUGCUACCCAUGAUGCUUCGGGAGCUGAGCGGAGCGCUGAAGGACAUGGGGGAGGGGCCUCAUGACGAGCGGAGGAACAGUGUGGAGCUGCUCAACAACAUCCUGGAGGUCCUCAGCAGAGACAAUGUGGGCGAGACAUUCCAGCAUAUUCAGGACAUUGUGGUCAGUCUCCUCAGGACCAUCAACCGUACGGUCAUAACCAUGGGUCGUGAACACGCCCUGAUCUCCAGGGUGGUGGCCUGUAUGACGGCCAUUCUGAGUCAGAUGGAUGACAGCCACUACUCCAGCUACCUAGAAACCUUCUCAGGCACCACUGACCUAGUGGACUUUCUGAUGGAGACAUUCCUACUUUUUAAGGAUCUGAUUGGGAAGCAUGUCUAUCCCUCUGACUGGAUGGCUAUGAUCAUGGUGCAGAACAG